AUGCCUCCAACUUAUCCCGAGAUCUUGAAAGUGCGGUACUCCUCUGACGACACUUCGCUCCAGUUCCCGGUCCACAAUCCGGCGACGGGUGAGAUAAUCACCAAUCUCCAAGCAGGGACGCCCGUUGAGGUCGACGCCGCCGUUCAGGCUGCUCAGAAAGCGUACGACAACGACUGGCGCUGGCGAUCUCCCGCAGAACGGAGCGCCUUGCUCUUCAGAUGUGCCGAUGCUUUAGAGCCGCACAAGGACGAGCUGGCUGAGUUGCUGUGCCUGGAGAACGGAAAACCCAAGCAGGACGCUCUGUCCUUUGACAUCAAUUUUCUCGUUAACAUCUUUCGCUUCUUUGCCGGCAUCUGCGACAAGUUACCGGGUGAAUUCUACCAGAGAGGCAGUGUCAAUGCGACCGUCAUCUACGAGCCGUUCGGGGUGUGCGCGGGCAUCCUGCCGUUCAAUUGGCCUCCAAUCCAUUUUGGCGGUAAGACGGCCCCAGCCCUCGCCGCGGGUAACGUCAUGAUCAUCAAGCCCGGAGAGCAGGCCCCCUUGACGGUGCUCAGGAUGUGUGAGAUCAUCUCCCAAGUCCUGCCGCCUGAUGUGGUCCAGGUUGUGCCUGGCCUGGGGCCAGAGGUACCUGCGGCGCUGAUCAAGCACGAUCUUGUCAAGAUGGUGUCUUUUACCGGCUCGACCGUGGCUGGCGCAAAGGCGGCCGAGACAGCCGCAAAAACCGUGACCCCCGUGGUCCUCGAGCUGGGAGGUAAGAAUGCAUUCGUCGUCUUUGACGACGUUGAGGACCUCGAUCGCGCGGUCGGAGACGCGCUCGAAGGGGCAUUCUUCAAUAAAGGCGAGGCAUGCACCGCAUCUUCGAGGAUCCUCGUCCAGGAAGGGGUCUACAACCAAUUUUGCGACAAGCUGGCUGCCGGGGUGAAGAAGCUGAAGUCCGGGAACGGUCUAAACCCCACCACCCACUUGGGGCCGCAGGUCAGCAAGGCUCAACAGCAGAGGGUGCUUGGAUACCUGCAGAAGGCCAAAGAUCUCGAGAAAGAAGGAAAAGUCAAGAUCGCGGCACAGGGUCAGCUACCAGAGGAUCCGGCCUGCAAGAAUGGCUUCUUCGUGCCGCCCACCCUCAUCACCGACGUGACGCGAGACAUGGUGAUUGCACAGGAGGAGAUGUUCGGCGUGCUCGUGACGGUCACGCCGUUCGAGACCGAAGACGAAGCCGUCGACAUUGUCAACGAGUCCCGGUACGGCUUGACGAGCAUCAUCUUCAGCCGCAACAGCGAGAGGUGCUGGCGCUUCUCUAAAAGGGUGGAUGUCGGCCUAGUCUACGUCAACAACUACUUCCGCAACAUCCUCGGGGUGCCGUUCGGGGGUGCCAAGGAGACGGGCUACGGGCGCGAACACAGCAUCGGCACGCUCAAGGAGUGGUGUCGCGCCAAAGUCAUCAACCAGCCGAGCGGGUUCGGAGAGGUGCCGAGAUGGAGAGUGGUCAAGGAGUUGUAUGGAGUGUGA